AUGGCGUCCCGCUAUAUAACGCAGUGGAGGACGUCGCCGGCGCAGUCUUGUGGUCGCAGUGAUCCCGCGUCUUGCAGCGCGUCCCCUUCAGCCUUCAACACGAAAUGUCCACGGUAUACUCACCACAAAACUGUGUGCACCAACAACCAACCAAUGGAUACUAACAACUUGAAGAUGCGUCAGCUGGUGUGUGCGAUGUGCGUGGUGGCGUGCGCGGCGGCGGUGGCCCGCGCGCAGUUCUUCGUGCCGGCGCCCGCGUUCGGAGUGCCUCUGCCGCUGGCGGCGGCGCCGGUCGCGGACUCGCGCAGGGCUCUGCAGCACCGCGCUGUCGUGCUGAACGCGGAGGCCGAGGCGCGGCUGCCGCCCGCCUUGCAGAACCCCUUCUACAAGAACCCUCGCAUCGAGGCGGCGCUCGCCAAAGAGAGCUGGUUCACGCCCGAGGAGAUGCAAGUGCGCGAGCGCGAGGCGGAGAAGAUUCCGCGCGCCAAGAUCUUCUCCAUCCUGAAGAACGCGGGGCUCGCCCGCCGCCGGUGAGGGCAGCAGCGGGGUUCCCGCCUCCUCCCUGCCGGGUUCUGUGUGUCUAUCCCUCACACCCGUCAUCACGGACACACACGUUACCAUUUCUUCCUAAGCGUACGAAGAAACCGAUAAACGUUUCUUUCUCGGUGCACACUUACACGUACUCGACCGACUGCUGUUGUAGAGAGGGUCAUCGAAUUCGGGUGGAACAAUACACACUGCACGGUAUACGUCUAAAACAUAAAUCACGAACUAUUCUUUCUCCACCAACUUUAUUACGAAAUGAAAUCAGGAACUCUCAAAGUCCGUACUAAGCAAAAGUUUCCUCCGAAGCAGCUCAUUUCGUGUGGACUUACUUGACACUAUCACUGACAACAUAUACCGGGUG